AUGAUUACCCCCCGGACAAUCCCCGAUCCCAAGAUGCGCGCAGAUGUCUCCAGUCAAACAAAACCCGCGCAAGGAGCCAAGCAACACGAGCGUGAGUUGCAGAACCCGCUCAAGGUUGACAAAUCAGCUGUGGGCGCUACUUGCGCUCCAGAUCUUGCCACAGAGGCCAGUUGUCUGAUCCGGCGGGGCCAAUGCAAUCCAGCCAGCGACGCGGGCGUCCAAGAGCGGCCCGCCCUAUCUUGCCCUCCUCCAAACCUGGUAGUACCAACGCCGAGUCCAAAGAACCUAUCCAAACGCAACAACCCGGGGCCUCAAGAUCGGGUAGGCAACGUGGGAGGUCCAGCAGUAUCUGGCCAAUCUUUGUGCCAUCAAGUUCCCCAGAAGUUGAGCCUGAACGGACGUCUUGGGGACAAACCGCAACCUGCUUGCACCCUUGAGACCCUCAACCACAAAGGGCUCCUCCGCUAUGCGCAGGAGGAGUUCAACAUCAACGGGAGCGGGUGGAACACCCAGACAAUUAUCCGCCACCUCCGACUUGCCCAGGCACAACAGGCGCUUCAGAUGGGAUCUUUGUGGCGCCUGUCUUUGAUUGACAUGUUCCCUGCGCGCCCCAUCAAAGUAGGCGGAGGCUGGACCCAGAACAUCAUUCAUAGGCUCCCUGUGUCUUUGUCCAACCGGAAGCGCACCUCCAAUCAACUAGACCCGGCGGAAUCUAGUAAGCAACAGCGGUUAUCCAUACCCGCAGAAGAUACCGCUAAUGAAAUGGAGGAACACUCACCAGCUACCGGAAACAACGUCUGGUUGCGCAUCGCCGCUGAACGCAUUGUUCAGGCAUGCGGUACCUUGGCUAGCAAGAUUGCUUGGUCUACUCGGCCACCUCAACGGGGCAUUGUUGCACCUCCCCCGUCCCGCCAGUCCACUCCUUCCACCAUUAUUGAGGUUGCCUUGCCACGCCUUCCUUCUCCCAAGCGCGUCACAGACCUACCCAGCUCUCCAUUGGUCGUUGAAGUAUCACCGGAAGAUUUACUUCCUGCAUCCGAGAUAUCCGUCCGUGGCCCCGCUCACACUUCCAUUCAACAAAUCCCAUUCAGCCGCUGUCCAACCAGACCUCCAAGGACUUAUGCUUGCACCCAAAGAUCCCACCUCCCCUUGCCCACUACAACCUCCCAAGCCGCUGGUAGACGCAUUACCAAGACCGGCUCCGAGAACAAUAUUAGUGGUACCAGCAAUCAUAAUGAGGAUUUAGGCUCAACAGAAGAGCCUCCUAACCCAACAGAGCCAGGGUCCGAGUCUCGGGCCCCCACAGCAUGCCAGCACGGCCGGAACAAGAGCCUUUGCCCUGCGGAUUUGAACACCCGCAAGGACCCAAGUAACGCACUGCAACAACGGUUGUAUUGUUGUCCCAUUAUUGCUGCCCCCACCACACCUCUUGUAACUCGUACCCAACUCCGUCCGCCUCCUAAAAAGAACAUCACAACUCAUGGCCAGCGCGCCGGCGGCUCUCAGCGCCUGGAUCCUGUGUCUGCAGCGCAGGCCAAUAUGUUGAAGUUCAAUAAGGCGGUUGCCCAAGGCAAAGCGCCGUCUUUAAUUGAAAGUGUCAGGCGCAAGAGUCAAGGAGCAACUCAAUGUGGGUCACCAACAUCCCGGCCUCCUGACGGUUUGCUUGAAGAUAAUGAAGAAGACUUAGCACAAGCCAAAGCCUGUGCUAAAUCAAGGAAUCUGCUAGACCCAGAGAACCCUAAAGAAGCUACUUCUUUACUUAGCUUGGAAAUUGGGAAAUCUUCCAACACAGACUCUGCUCAGCACCAGAGUCUCAACCUCUUUUCCCCCAAUUUACAACAACAGAUGGUGAACAACAUUGCUACUCUGCGAGGAAAAACAAAAGAACGCCUACGCAAAUUUGUUGAAAGCGUUUGCGGUUUUGAACAAAGCCUCACAAACCAAAAUAUAAUCCGGAAGAAUCUUGGAAUUUUUAACAAGAUCUAUCCAAAUACAUUUCAUUGCAAGAACUGGGAUUCUUGCAAAGGAGAUUACAAAAACCCCAAUAUUGGGUGCUGCGUUGCCCUUGCAUUUUUCCAUAGCCCUGGGUUGGUUGGGGUGAUGUAUCCUGAUUAUUUUCAGGAAAUGCUGAUCACUAUUGUUGCUUUUGCUCUUGCAAUUUGGCUUUACUGCAUCAAAGAAUGGGAGAACGGCUGGCGCCAGAAUGGCGACCUAGGGAUGGCUGCAAUGCGGGAGAAAUACAAAGCCCAGCUGGCUGGACUAAAAGAGCUACGCAAGGUUGCUCCUAGACGUUUGAGGCAACUUCAAAUGGAGUGGCGGGACUACGUUGCAUGA